AUAUAUUCCAGCUAGCUAGCUAGCAGCGUAUAGUUAGUUAGUUGUGUGAAUUGAAGAGAGAGAAUGGGGAGAAAAGAGGAAGAAAAAGAAGAAGUUGUGGCGGUGGGAGUAGCAGUGUAUGAAGGGAGAGGCAUCAUCCCUCCAAACGCGAUGGUAGGAGAUCCCAAAGGUAUUCCCAUCCAACAGACUAUUUACAGAGAUACUCCUGCUCCCUUCAACUGCCCUUAUUGCGCCAACACCUCUCUCACUAUCGUCAGAUCAAAGCCUAGUCUUGCUGCAUUUGUUGGAUGCUUGAUGCCAAUGAUGCUUGGAUUUUGCUUUCUUUGUCCUUCAAUGGACUGCCUCUGGCAUAAAUAUCACUACUGUCCUCAAUGCCACCAAAAGGUCGCUGAUUUUGAGAAAUCAGAUCCGUGUGUUGUCAUGGAUCCACCACACUGGACGCAGGAGAGCUUUGCAUUGGCUGCAAGAUAUUAAUUAAGUUUAUUAUAUUAAUUAUAUGUCUACAUACAUACAUACAUACAUACAUACCUACAUACAUACAAUGUUUGCUUGUUACUUUAGUUUAAUUAUCAUCUACUUGUACAUUUCUUGUGAUUCAAUAACAAUGUUUUCUUGGUGCUUAUGGUUCUA